UUCCGUUCCUCUCGGCUGAGCCGGCCCCCUGCGGGCUUGGGUUCGGGUGGCACGGAGCUGAGCCCCGGGCGGGAUGCGGCCGCGCCCAGGGCGGUGGUGGCUGCUGCUCUGGCUGCCGCCCCUGGCCACGCUGCCCGCGGGCGCCAUGUGCAGGGAGGAGGCGGCGGCGACGCUGUCAGUUCAAAGGUGUAAAGCUUUGAAGGAAAUGGAUUUAAUUAAAACUUCUCAGUCAGACUGUUACUGCCUCAAUCAAAAUUCCCAAAUGAAGUGGAAAUACAUGUGGUCAACUGUGCAGGUGAAAAUUACCAGUCCAGGCCUGCUCAGUAUCAUAUAUAUAACAGAAAGGUAUAAUUGCCAGUAUCCAGAAACCAUUCUAUCUUUUAUCAAAUGUGUGAUGAAUAACUUCUGGACACCAAAGGAGUCUAAUGAAAUAACUAUAAUAAUCAAUCCUUACGGGGAGACUAUGUGCUUCUCUGUGGAGCCUGUCAAGAAGAUAUUUAGCUAUACAAUAAGCGUGACUCGAAAUAUCGUGGAUUUCAAACUCUUCCUUGUGUUUGUGGCAGGCAUUUUCCUUUUCUUUUAUGCAAAGACCCUGAGUCAAAACCCUAUUUUCUAUUACUCUUCGGGGACCAUGCUAGGUCUUCUAAUGACAUUAGUCUUUGUCCUGCUGUUGGUGAAAAGAUAUAUUCCAAAGUAUAGCACCUUUUGGGCUCUAAUGGUUGGUUGUUGGUUUGCUUCAGUGUAUGUUUUGUGCCAGUUGAUGGAAGAGCUGAAGCGGCUGUGGUAUGAAAACAGAGUAUAUAUAUUAGGCUACAUUCUGAUAGUUGGAUUUUUCAGCUUUGCUGCCUGUUACAAACAUGGGCCCCUUGUGGACGACAAGAGCAGAUGUCUUCUGAUGUGGACACUGCGGCUCCUCUCCCUGGCCCUGGUCUAUGCUGGUGUGGCCGUGCCUCAGUUUGCCUGUGUGGCCGUGAUCCUCCUCGUGUCCUACAGGAGCCUGUGCUACCCGCUGAAAGCAUUCGGUUAUGUGAGGUGGAAAAUGAAGCAGUGGUUUACAUCACGAAAGCUGGUGGUUACUUACCUUACGGAAGAUGAAUACAGAGAACAGGCUGACGCUGAAACAACCAGCGCUCUGGAGGAACUGCGCCAAGCCUGCCGCAGACCCGACUUCCCAUCGUGGCUGGUCGUCUCCAAACUCCAGACUCCUAGAAAAUUUGCAGAUUUUGUUCUUGGAGGAAGCCACUUGUCACCUGAAGAAAUCAGUCUGCAUGAAGAACAAUAUGGCCUUGGGGGUGUCUUCCUGGAAGAGCAGCUCUUUAACCUGAGGACUGACACUCUACCUGCAAGUUGACUUCAUUGUGGACAAGGAAGUGGGUAAAGUGCAGGGAUCCUAUUAAAGUUGGGCAGAAAUGUCCUUUCUAGUGAACAAUGGCAAAAGCAUUUGCUGUGGAGAAAAAUAAGUCAUGAUGGAAAGGAAAACUAACCUAUAUUGAAAACAAUUUAUCAUUCUUGGUGAGUUCUGUUACUUUUGUACUGUAGGUAGGCACCAAGAUUCUGUGACCGAGUCAUUACCACUUUCCUUAAAUGAAGACUUUCAUUAGGAACAAGGGAAUCCUGUUCUUUAAGGGGCCAGUAAACAUGAACAGGUGCCUCGUCAACACGAGGAAACGAAAUCCUCUCUUAAUCCCCUGAACCUGUGUCAUAAGAGUCUGCAUUACUCUUCCUAUAUUUCAUCAAUAUAAGUGCUUGAGGACACCUGGAAUAUGCUGGACCAGUGUUUUCUGAAGUGUAAUCCAUAGUAUACCACUAAGUAUGAGUCGGUAAGGGGAUCCUGAGAUUAACUAAAUUGAUACAAAGUUAAACAAAUUUACUUCAGGACUUCUCAGUGCCUUUACCGAUGCUAAUGCACAUUGUGAAUCUCCUAAAGGGGAGAAGUUGUGUGCAGUGGUUUCUGACUUAAUUUGACCACAGAACCCUUUUUCCAUAUCAUUAAUAUUCCUUGGAACACAUGUUUGUAAAAUGCUAAUGAUGGUGGAAUUGAGGUUUGAGAGGUUAAAUAACUUGUGCAACAUCACCAAGCUAUUAUAUUUAGAGGCAGCACUGGUAGAACUCCAGCCCUAGUGUGUCCUCUGACUCAGGUUGAAGAAGAGAUCUCUAGAUGCAAACUGAGGAGCCAACUCCCUACAGCUUUGGGUCUCAUGAUGUUGGUGACUUAUUUUUUAUUUUUUAAUAAUGGCCAACUAGCCAUUUAAUAACUGUGAUAAAGAGAAACAUUUUUUAAGAUUAUAAAGUUUUGAUAAGAUUUUUAUAUACAUACAUGUCUUUUUUUGUAUUUUGAAAUUGAAGGUAUUGACAUUUUGAGAGUUGAUCCAUUUUUAAAUCCAUUUUUAAAAAUUGUUUAGCUAUACAUGUUUUUAACAAUUUUUACAAAACAGAUCUGUGAUCUUUUUUACAGAGAGCAAAUAUUUUUUUCUUGAUUGAUGACGUUAAACUCUGGAGUGAAAUGAGGGACUAACUGAGCUGUGUCUCUGAGGAGAGGAGGCCAAAACAUAGAUCUGAGGAAAGAUUUGGACCUGGCAAAAUAAUCGAAGGGUUAAGAAGUUGCUAAAUUGAUUCUUUUUGACAGUCAAACUCAGGCUUUUUUGCUGUGAUGGGAUGAUAAAGAAUGAGGAAUCCUAGCACUCUGAGCUGCCAGGGUGGGAGGAUCACUUGAGCUCAGGAGCUGGAGGUUGCAGUGAGCUAUGA